AUGACCGAGUUGCAUGCCGCUGCAGAGGUGGGUGAUGUACGUGCAUUGCAUAGAAUUAGUUGGAGAGGAAAUGUUGAUGUUAAUGCUGUGGAUGAAAAGGGCCGAACUGCCCUUCAUAUUGCCGCUGAGCACGGUCGUAUGGGAUUUAUUGAGAUGCUUUUAUACACCUUUAAAUCCGUAGAUGUGACGAUUGUGGAUAAGAGUGGCAAAACUGCUGUGCAGUGUGCCCCACUGGAGCUGCGAAAAGAACUGACGUUACUUCUCUCCAUUGCGGAGGCAAAGGCAAUGGAACGGGAUUCACGCCGUAAGAAGGAAGAGAAGGAGGCGGAAAAACGUUUGUUUGACGAAAACGAUGUGGAGAGUGCAGAGAUGGUGAACCCACGGGUGAUGCGGAAGUUAGUGGUGUGUCUUGUGCUACCUCUAAUUAUUCUUAUAUUCAUCAACGGUGUGGUGUUUGCGCUGGAGUAUAUUACCAUCACCCUCGCCUUCUAUUUCGUGGCGCUGGGCUAUUUUGUUUCUGAGAUCGCCACGCGGCCGCCGUGGUAUCACCACCGGCCAAAGGCCACACAUCUCACUACACACAACUGCCCAGAGUACUGGUGCGGUAGUAUACACGAUCCACGCACAGACCACGGCCUCAACUACGAGGAUGUAUCGUUUACAUCUACAGAUCAUUACACCUUGCGUGGAUGGUAUGUACCACCACCAGCGGAAAAGGCGCGGAAGAUGGGUAUUGUGCUUCUGCACGGCGGUGGCAGAGAUAGACGGGCGUGGCUGCGGCAUCUGCCAAUGCUGCAUAAGGCAGGAUAUGGAUGUUUGUUGUUUGAUUUCAGAGAACAUGGAUUAAGUGAUGGGAAUAUGCGUGGAUUCACGUACGGUAUGAAAGAGCGCUUUGAUGUGGUGGCGGCCUGUGAGUUCAUGCGGUCUACAUACAAGUAUGAGCGUAUCUGUGUGAUGGGAACUAGUGUGGGUGGUUCCUCUGCUAUUAUGGCUGCGGCUAUUGACAAGACUAUAGAUGUGGUGAUUGCCGAGAAUCCAUUGGUGACCUGUGCGACAUUGCAGGAUCAGAAACUUGUAGAUUACGUCGGUGGUUAUUUCUCACGACGUUCGUAUAGUCGAUUCUUUCUUAACCUUUUUCGUCAUACCUCUUCUUUUUGGUUGAACUUACGCAUAGGCAACAAACCGUCUAAACACUGUCAGGCACUGCACUGCAUAGACAAAGUUGCACCUAGACCUGUUUUGCUUAUGCACGGUACGGCGGAUGAUUUGGUGCCCUGUCGUCAUUCAUUACAACUUUACGAGGCAGCAGGAGAACCAAAGGAGUUGUAUAUGUCAAAGGAUGCCUUUCACUGUGGUUUGUACGAUAUAAAUCCAGAGGAAUUUAAACGGCGUGUUCUUGACUUCCUUCAUAAAUAUGGAGGAGAAGAGUGA